UAUUACAGGAAUAAAUAUGUUAGGAAUUUAUGCCGGAAAACAUAAUUUAGGAAUUUCAACAAAAUAUCGGUGUUGAAAGCAUAUAUCAAAAAAUUGCCGGACCUAAGUAUAUAAAAUGAGAAAACUGAAUUUGUAAAAGUCAAGUGGAUGCGUCAAUAACUUGAAUGAAAUGUUAAUACAGUGUUCACUUUCGCAUGGAAUUAAGCCACAAACUGAUAUUUUGAGUCCACUGAAACAAAUUAAAAUAUAGUGAUUAAUAUCUUAUCUUUAUCAUCGCGCAAAUACGGUGACAACGGUCUGAAUAACAACACAUUUUCUAAAACAUGGAUGAUUAUGAGAUGGUUUGGCGGAAGUCUUUUUAAAGCCAACAGGAAGAGCAUAUUGUUACGAUCGGAUACCUUGCUAUUUAAAACAAAACAUCGCGGUACUUUUCCAGCCUGAAUCUUACAUGUUAUGAAUAUGAAUAAAUGUUUUACAUUAUUUAUGUUUUGUUUGAUGACACGUAUACAGAAGUGUAUAACUGGAAAGGUAAAUACUUCUUUAGAUGACGUUAUCCGACGAAGAAUUGGGCAGUUUAUUGAGCACUGUCCAGAAACUAGUACAUGCUCUCAAUACGCGAAAGGACUUCCAGAGGGGGUGCACCGGUCAUAUAAUCAUAAACCAUGCUGCCAAGCAUGUAAAUGUAGUGAUGACUGUGGUUUCAAUUGCUGUCCGGACCGUUCAGAAAAAUUGGAGACGGAAGAAGCUCUCCACAACGCCAGUAGAAUUGAACGCUGUAUAGACUCCCAACAUAGAAGAUAUGAUUCUUUUAAACACAAUGGAUUAUCGUACAGGAUGGUAUCAGAAUGUCCAUAUAAUUACCGUGAUACCGACAUACAAAUCAAAUGUAGACGGGAAUACAGUGACAUUUCAUUUGAUGUUCCUUUACGUUAUAUUUUGCCUGUUUUCGAUAAUCUGACAAAUUUGAAUUAUAAAAAUAUUUACUGCGCACAGUGUCACAAUGUAGAACUGAAACGUUUAGAGUUUGCAAGUCUAAACUAUGAAUGUUCUGAAUCACCCAGAUUUACAUUUAAUGAAGGAUUAACUUAUAUCCGCGACCUAUCGGCAAACCUAGAUUCUAAUGGUGGCGACCAUUGCAAUAUUUUGUUUACACCGUAUAAAAGGAGUGAAUGUAAUCGAAAUUUCAUUGAUCGUUGCAAUUUGACAGGACAAUGGCUUAUAUAUGAUCGAGAAACUGAGGCAUCUUGUUUAUCCUAUACAUCAGUAUAUACAGACACGUUCAAAAAUAUUCAUUGUUUCAUCUGCAAUGGCUUUAAAGAAACGGAUAUAGAAUAUUCAUGUCAAAUUGAUUAUACAAGUACCGUAGAGGAGUAUUUCAUCACGAUUAUAGAUUUUUCCGGACCACACGAUGAACAUUACUAUCAAUACGUAUUUGAAAGUAACCAAAGGGAUGUUAACAACUCUUGUCAUCCGUAUAGUAUUUAUGAUACUGAGAAGAAAUCAGAAUGGAAUCUGCAAUGUCCUGUCGGAAUGACAUUAAAUAAAUGGUAUAUGAUGUGCCAGCCAAAAGAAAAUUCCCGGAUUUCAUCGAUAUCUAUCGAAAUAUCGCUUACUCCUCAUCCGCAUAGCCAGGCGAGGGAUUCCCUAAAAAACAUACUUCUAUAUUUGACGAAACAAAUAAAAGACAAAACAGAAUUACUUGUUACAAAGGAUGUAUCGUUUGGCGGUGUACAAGGGGCUAUUCAUUUCAAAGAAGAUUAUAGACUCAAACUUGAGUCAAACAAACAAAUAAGCUUGAAGUUUAUACGAUCAAUUGAUGUCCGAAUAGAGAUAAUGAUGAACCGAGCAAACCAUCGCAGUCGCUUAUUUGAAACGGUGCUUGACUUUACACUUGUGUUUACAAAACUAUUAAGAUAUGGCAAAUUUGCUGCAAAUUUCAGACAAUUCGAUUCAGAAGUCUAUGAUACGCAACAACAUUCUUAUGAAUGUUGGCGAGAUACCAGUCUUAUAGGAUUAAUGAUAUGCUUGCAGGAGUCUGAUCAGACAAGCGGCACUUUCAAUUUUUAUAUAAUCAAUGACAAGAUUAAAAAUAUGUCUUCUAUUGACGUACUAAAUAUAGAACCCGAGCCGUUCUGUCCUAGAGUUGUUCUACCUAAAUUAUUAUUUGCAGACGACAUAAACAUUUGUAACGAGUCAAAACAUCUCGCAAGAAUUCUUUCUGAUGUAUUUAUAUCUAAGGCCCUCCGUGAAAAUAGUACACAUCUGUUUUUCUGCAAUGAGGAUUAUUUUCAACACAUUAGUAACUUGCCAACAAAUACCUAUCACGUUAAAGAUGAGAAAAUAUCGUCGCCGGAUAUAAAUUUAUUGAUUAUCAUGUAUUUGGCAAUUUCUUGUUUAAGCGUUUCUCUUCUGUCACUCAGUCUGACCUUGAUAGUUUAUUCCGUUUUCAAAGAUUUGCGCACUUUACCUGGCAUGAACAAUAUGGCGUUAGUUACAAGUAUGUUCGCCUUUCAGGCAACGUCUUUAAUAAACACUAUAACAGACAUAGAAAUAUCAUGGCUAUGUAGUUUCUUUGCAGUAUUCACACAUUUUUCUUUUGUGAAUUCAUUCAGUUGGAUGUUUAUAUGCACCUAUCAUAUGCUGAAAGUAUUCAUGAAUGUUAGAAAUCGGGCAGUUCCUCGAAAUGAUUGUUUAACUUUCACCGUUUACACGAUCUUUACAACUAGUGUUGCCACAGUGGCUGUUGUUGCCACAGUAAUAACAGCCGAGGUACAAUCAGGCGGGAAUGACAUUGGUUACGGGGGAUAUGGUUGUUAUAUAAAGAAUUCUGUUAUGGUCUUGUGUGCUGCGGCCAUACCAGCUGCCAUAAUUAUUGUCCUCAAUCUAGGCAUGUUCUGUAUCACUGUUUACAAGAUAAGCAAACAUCCGAGCAUGUCUUCUGCUGGGGCAACUGAGCGUUCAAACAUUGCAAUAUUUGCAAAGCUGUCUACACUUACGGGACUGACAUGGAUCUUUGGUUUUAUGUUCGUGUUCACCAAAGUUAACGCUCUUGCAUACAUAUUUGUUACGCUGAAUGCUGGCCAGGGUUUGUUCAUUAUGCUCUCCUUCGUUUGUAAUAGAAGAGUGCUGCGUCUAAUACACAGUAAAUUCUCAGUGCAAACAGCGGCGUCACAAAGUUGAAGCACUCGUGUUUGAAAUACGGAAUAAAUCGACAAAGCUACAUUGCUCGAAAUUAAAAUCAAUCUUACAAUAUUUGUGACCUAAAGGGAAACGAAGCAAAUGUUUUAUACGUUUAUACGUUAAAUUGUAUAAGUAAGGUUGCGAAGAACGAUUGAUCUCUUCUCGGGUCUGAUUUGUAGUUCUAACCCAAGAUACAGCUAUGUACACAAACAUAAUUUUCUUUGAAAAUACUUGUAACUAGCCAAACUUCAUCAAUGCUUGUGUUGAAAAAUGUUAUUUUUCGACGAUUAUUUUACUUCUGUGUUAUAUCUGACUAUGUCUGUUUGCAUUUAGGUGCUACCGAUUGUUCAUACACACUUAACUAAACAUAAACAAUUCCGAUUUCCUUUGUUCUUUAUACUUACAGUUCUAAUUCAUGUAUUUAAUAUAGGCAUGCUUGUCAGAAUGUUGCCAUUGUACCACACAUAAUGAUAUUCAAGUUAUAUAGUUAAUUAUUGUUGUAUUUAGUACAGGCAUGCUUAUCAAAAUGCUGCAAUUUUGUCACACAUCAUGUACGCUGAUUCAUUUAUUUAGUAUAGGCAUGCUUGUCAGAAUGUUGCCAUUGUACCACACAUACUGUUAAUCAUGUUAUUUAGUAAACGAUUGUUGUAUUUAGUACAGACAUGCUUGUCAGAAUGCUGCAAUUCUGUCACACAUAUUAUUAAAGUUAUACAAUUACUGAUUGUUGUAUUUAGUAUAGGCAUGCAUGUCAGAAUGCAUCAUUGUACCACAUCAUAUUUAUAAAGUUAUAUAGCAAUUGACUGUUAGUAUAGGCACCCUUGCCACCAUGCGGACAAUGUGCCUCACAUCAUUCUAUUAUAGUUAUAUAGUAAUUGAUUAUUAUAGUUAUAUAGUAAUUGAUUGCAUAAUCUUUGUGUACAAUUUUGAUAGAUUGAGUUAACUUUGGAAACUUAGUGCAUUGUUUUCUGCAUUAAAAACUCUUUAUUU